CCCCUCAGGUUCCCUUGGGGGUCUGUGGCUUGUGGGUUUGCCUCCUCCAGUGGCCCCUCCCCCCUCUCGCCUUGCAGUUUUGGUUUUCAGUCUCUGUCGCACAUUUGCCCUUGAUGCCCUCACGGUGCGCUGACUAGUUCUGUUUCCCCCAUUGCAGGUGGAGGGGAGGGGCGCGGGGGAGGGGAGGGUCAGCACCGACACUCCCCCACGCGCCUCCCUGGUGGUCGUGCAGGCAUGCACAGCGGAAGGCUGGGAGGAAGGCUGCCACGAGUGGAACUCCCAGGGAGAGUAUCGGGGUGGGGCCGGCGCCUCAAGGCCACGUGGCAUCAAGUGAAGACUGCAGCAGAGCAGCUGAGCAGCAGACCGGCAGCAGAAGCGGCAACAGAAGCAGCAACAGCAGCAGCAGCAGAAGCGGCGGCAGCAGAAGUGGCAGCAGCUGUAGCAGUGGCAGCAGUGGGGGCUGGGGGGCUAGAGGGCAGGCUAGGCUAGGUCGAGUUGUGAGCGAGGUGUGGUAAAAGGUAAGGUAUGGUACCAGGUGAGGUGUGGUGAUCUGACCCCCUCCGCUCUUUCUCUCCAUCCCCUCCUGCAGCCUGAAGAUCGGAGCACUGGAGCAAGGGAGAGCUGGAGAGUGGAGU